AUGAGUGACAAAUAUAGAGACAACCUACCAUGGGUUGAGAAAUACCGUCCAGAGAACUUGACUGAAGUGUACGGCCAACAAGAUAUCGUCAGCACCAUACGAAGAUUUGUUGAAACGGGCAAAUUACCCCACUUGUUAUUCUAUGGACCACCAGGUACCGGUAAAACAUCGACCAUUGUUGCCCUAGCUCGUGAAAUCUAUGGGCCCAAUUACAAAAACAUGGUUUUGGAAUUGAAUGCAUCUGAUGAUCGAGGUAUUGAUGUUGUGCGUAAUCAAAUCAAGAGUUUUGCAUCAACUAGGCAAAUCUUUACUAGUUCCUCAUCGCCGCAGUUUAAAUUGAUUAUUUUGGACGAAGCUGACGCCAUGACUAGUGUUGCUCAAAAUUCAUUACGAAGAAUUAUUGAAAAGUAUACCAAAAACUGUCGAUUUUGUAUUUUGGCCAAUUAUUCACACAAGUUGAAUCCAGCUUUGAUUUCGAGGUGUACGAGGUUUAGAUUCCACCCCAUUGAUGAAGCUGCUAUACGUAGUAGGAUUGAUAAUGUCAUUAUCAAGGAAAAAGUUAAUAUCACACCUGAUGCAUUGAAUGCAUUGUUGCAACUAUCCCAAGGUGAUAUGAGACGAAGUUUAAAUGUUUUACAAGCAUGUAAAGCCGCAUGUGGGGAUGAUGAUGAUAAUAGUGAGACGAUUGAUGUUGAAAUGAUUUACAAUUGUGUUGGUGCUCCUCACCCACAAGAUAUUGAAACUGUUUUGGAUUCGAUAUUGAAACAAGAUUGGACUACUGCGUACAUGACUUUGAACAAGUACAAAAUCGACAAGGGGUUAGCUCUAAUUGACUUGAUUACGGGGUUUAUUGACAUUUUGAAUGAUUACAAAGUAAAACCAAAGACGAGAAUUGAGUAUUUGAAAGGGUUAAGUGAGGUUGAGUAUGGGAUAUCGAAAGGUGGUAAUGAUAGGAUUCAAAGUAGUGCUAUUAUUGGAGUUAUUAAGCAAGCUAUGGAGAACGAAGGGAAGUAA